AUGGGGUUUUUAACAGACCAUCAGCACACUGCUAUCACAGACACGAUAGACCGGAUCGUGUCAUCAGAACAUUUCACGCUAGAGGUGGAAUUGGCAUCGUUGAUCCAGCAAAUUCGUGCAGACAAGAACGACCUUGCUUACAAUGGCAACCAAGGCGAGGCAGCACGUUGUCUGCGCAAAAAACUGAAAUACGGCAACAGAACGCAGCAAGCACGGAGUCUUGAUCUGCUAAACCUGUUUGUUUCGCAACGCAUCAAAUUCCCGGAAAUGUACAACGACGCCAAGCUGCUGGACAGACUGCAGGUGAUUGCGUUGCAAACCGAUACGGACGCCAGCGGGGUGCGAUACCACGUCCGUGUGGUGAAAAAGUGCAUCGGGUACAUCCUUGGGUGGUACGCGAUGAUCGAAGAACAGGGCCCUAGUCGCAGCUACGAGGCGCUGUACGAAUUGGGGCGCAAAGUGCGCACCAAAUACACGACCAGGCCGCGCUCCACGCCGUCCAGAAGACGCAAGACGUUCAUGCAGGACGAGGCAGACACUUCGAUGAUGAUGUCCGCAGACGAACGCUACGGAAUUCCACAGAUCGAUAUGGCCGUGGAGGGCCCACGCAUUCGGCUGCUGAUCAGUGACUCGCUGGCCUCGGCCAUUUCCUUGAAAAAUACGCUCAAGACGCUUCCCAGUGGAAUCAAGAGCACCGACAGUGAAGAGGCCACCGCGAAAUUCAUCCAGGCGCGUGCAGUGCGGCGUAAGGUGCUGCGUUAUCUGCAACUGGUCACAGAGGGCGAAUAUUUGGGCAGCUUAAUUUAUGCCAAUGAAGAGCUCGUGACAGCCCUGGCGCAAUUCGACGAGCUUGGUGGUGUUGCUUCGGACGAUGACUUACUGUAUUCGGACGACGACGACGACGACGACGACGGCGGCGACGUGAUCGACGAAACGUCUGUAUUGUCGUCUACCUACUCCAGAGACGUGGAACGUGCAGAUUCCAAUAAUCCGUUUGGCGACCAGAACCGCAUCUGA